GGAUUCAGGCAGCACACAGGAGGAUGUCUCUGCACAGAAAUAACCAGCUAAGAGAAAUGGGAGCACAGAGGAGAGCAGCUUCUUCCAAUAACAUCAGCAAGCUUCUUCAGCAGCAGCAGUGCCAGGAAGAAGGCACCACUAUCACCAUCACCUGAGUCUGCUGCUUCCCAUGGACUGAUAGGGUAAGCAGUGCUGAGCAGGAGACUAUCAUACACUAGAAUGAGAUAGAAGGGUCGUUGCUGUGCUGAGGGUGAGAUCAGUAGUUCAUUUCUACAGAAGCUUUGCCGCAUUGUCAAUUUUCCCUGCAAUACUCUCUUCCCACAUUCACACUUUGUGUUGCCAUGAAGACUGCUCCUCAGCUAUAUGCAUCAUUAUAGUUACUCCGUGUCCUCUGCAAAGAGAAUGCUGCCAAGGAUUCUGCACUUGCCUUUAUCAUUACUACAGUUAUUUCCAGCCACAGCUUCCUUGAGGAACCACUAGGAAACUUUACAGGCUGCUGUAUUCCUUGCCUAGUCUUGUGAUGUGUGCCUGCGUCUUCUACUGCACUUCCAUGGUGGGAGAUCUUUUAUUGCAAUCUCUACGCUUCUGUUCCUCUCCAGGACUGCCAUUGAAGUACGGUACUAUCAUGUGUGCUGACUUUUUUUGGACCUGGGAUGUUUACUUGUUUCCCAACCAGCUUAGACAUUGACAAGACACCCAGAAUUAAAACCUGUUCAAGGGGAAACUGAAGAUCCAAGACUGAGGAGGUUGAUGGCUUCUCUUAGAAGAGUUAAAAUCUUGCUGGUGUUGAACCUGAUUGCGGUUGCUGGAUUUGUUCUGUUUUUGGCCAAGUGUAGACCAAUUACUGUGAAAGGUGGGGAGUCUUUCCAUGAGAUCCAUCCAAGGGCAGAGGUGACAAACUUCUCCACCCAUGGAAUCAGCCCUAUCCAGGAAGCAGUGCUGAAAAGGCUCUCCCUUUUAGAGGACAUCGUCUACAGACAGCUCAAUGGUUUAUCAAAAUCACUUGGGCUGAUUGAAGGGUAUGGUGGCCGUGGUAAAGGUGGGCUUCCAGCUACACUUACCCCUGAAGAAGAAGAGAAAGCCAAAGGACCACAUGAAAAGUAUGGCUACAAUUCCUACCUCAGUGAGAAAAUUUCACUGGAUCGGGCUAUACCAGACUAUAGACCAACUAAGUGCAAGAAAUUAAAAUACCCAAAGGAACUUCCCCAGAUUUCAAUCAUUUUCAUCUUUGUAAAUGAAGCCCUGUCAGUGAUCCUUCGAUCAGUACACAGUGCAGUGAAUCAUACACCUGUCCAUCUUCUGAAGGAAAUUAUUCUUGUGGAUGACAACAGUGAUGAAGAGGAGCUAAAAGGACCUUUAGAAGAAUAUGUCCACAAGCGAUAUCCCGGUCUUGUUAAAGUAGUCCGCAAUCAUAAAAGAGAGGGAUUGAUUAGAGCUCGGAUAGAAGGCUGGAAAGUUGCAACUGGACAAAUCACUGGAUUUUUUGAUGCACAUGUUGAAUUUACUGCUGGCUGGGCUGAACCAGUUUUAUCUCGAAUACAAGAAAACAGAAAAAGAGUAAUUUUGCCUUCAAUUGACAAUAUUAAGCAAGAUACAUUUGAAGUUCAGAGAUAUGAAAAUUCAGCACAUGGAUACAGCUGGGAACUUUGGUGCAUGUACAUAAGUCCUCCAAAAGACUGGUGGGAUGCAGGGGAUCCAUCUUUACCGAUAAGAACUCCUGCCAUGAUUGGCUGCUCCUUUGUUGUUAACAGACAGUUCUUUGGGGAGAUUGGUCUUCUGGAUCCAGGAAUGGAUGUAUAUGGAGGAGAAAAUAUUGAACUUGGUAUAAAGGUGUGGUUAUGUGGUGGAAGUAUGGAAGUCCUCCCAUGUUCAAGAGUGGCACAUAUAGAACGCAAAAGAAAGCCCUAUAACAAUAAUAUUGAUUUCUACACAAAGAGAAAUGCUUUACGGGUAGCUGAAGUUUGGAUGGAUGACUACAAAUCACAUGUUUACAUUGCAUGGAAUUUACCAUUAGAGAACCCAGGAAUUGACAUCGGUGAUAUAUCAGAAAGAAUCGCUUUAAGAAAAAGCUUGAAGUGCAAAAACUUCCAGUGGUACUUGGAUAAUGUUUAUCCAGAAAUGAGAAGAUACAAUAAUACUGUUGCAUAUGGAGAGCUACGGAACAACAAAGCUAAAGAUGUUUGUCUAGACCAAGGCCCACAGGAGAAUCACACGGCUAUAAUGUAUCCUUGCCAUGGAUGGGGUCCUCAGCUUGGGAGAUAUACAAAAGAAGGCUACCUCCAUCUGGGUACUCUAGGGAGCACAAUCCUUUUGCCUGAUACUCGUUGUUUAGUGGAUAAUAAAAAAAGUAAAUUUCCUCAACUUAUGGAUUGUGAUAAGGUGAAAAGCACACUUCAUAAGCGCUGGAGCUUUAUACAGAAUGGAGCAAUAAUGAAUAAAGGUACGGGACGCUGCCUAGAAGUUGAAAAUAGAGGCAAUGCAGGAGUUGAUUUGAUUCUUCGGAGCUGUACGGGACAACGAUGGACUAUUAAAAACUUCAUCAAAUAGCAACAGGAAACAGAGAGAUCUGUAAUUUGGAAAUAUUAUAGACUUGAUCUCUUUCUUUAAGAGGUAUUCCUACAGAAUCAACUCUUGGAGUUAUUUCAUGACUUCUGAUGUGGAGCGGGUCAGAAGUUUUUCCUUCAGGAUUUACUUUAAAUGCAACCAUUGAAUUUAUUCUUUGGGAUUAAAAUGAUCCAGUACCAAAUUAUCCAUUUUGCAUGCUUGAUUGUUAGUUUAAUGAAUUCAAAGCUCUGUGACCUAACAUUUAUGAAAUUCUCUGGAUAUAUCAGCACAAAGAAAAUGAUACAGAAGAAACAGGCUGUCUUUUAUUCACCAUUCUUUUAAAUAAAGAUGAUUUGAACUUCUGAGAACACACGUCUUACCACUUAAUGCAGUAAUCCACGGACACUGGAGCCACAUGUGGUUCUGGUGCCUUCUGCAUAGGGAUCCUUAGCUACUGGCAGCUGCAAACGGUAUUGUGCACUAGUUGCAAUGUGGCUGUCGAAGCAUUGCUAGAGCUUACCAACCACUUCUCUGACUGGUACCACUGUGGUAAGAACCAUAUUGCUUGUUCAUGUAGCCAGCAAGAUUUAUCAAAUGAGUACCAGUGCAGAAUUUCCUCACAUGCGUGCAAAGCUGGUCAUGUACUUUAGUUUGCUGUCAGCUAUUAUCCCCAUUUCCUAAUACACAUACAUAUUUGGCUUGGUUGAACAUGCAUGUGUUCUCCGUGGGGAGAGGGGACUAAGCUCCUAGAGGUGAUUUUCACUGCUUACUCCUGUCUUGAUACUGAGAACAUACACACACAAUCUGCCAAGUCCAGUGUGCACGUGUAUGGAGAAAUCUAACAUGCCAACCUUUCUUACCCAGAAUAUCUGCUGUCAGGAGAGAGUUGGCAUGCAUAAACAUGGUUGACUGGUCCUGGCAAAAUUGCCAAUUUCAGCCAAUAUUUACCAUUAUUUUUAUUAUUAAAUUAUUUAUUUAUUUUUAAGUACCAUACAUUCCAGGAUGCUGUACAUAUGUAAAGGAAUUGCAAACAUAAUAUAAUGCAAAAAGAAGUGCAAUAUAUAUGAAAUGAGUGAAGGACAAAGAGAGGAUCCUGACCAAGAGGUCUUUAAAUCAUCUAAUAUGUCUAGUCACCCUUAGGCAGGGAAUAAAAAAGCUUGCUAGAAUAGUAAAGCAGAAUACUGGUGAGUAUGUUAGUACUAGGUCAAGCCAGUUAUGUGCUCACCUAUUAUUAAGAAAACUUUACACUCGUGAUGAUAGUAUCCCACCUUGCUGCUGCUCUUAAAGGGGGUGGUGUAAUGCAUACCAAUUUUAAUAAACCAGAACGAUUUAAGAAUCUGUAGUGUAUUCCAACAGAAGAUACUGUAUAGCACCAUCAAAGGAGAUUAUCACCAGAGCAGAAAGAUAUUUCCAAAGUUUGACUUUAACUUCUAGUAUGUCCAAAGUACUCCAGAGAGGGUAAUCACCUAAUUUACUUCAAUACCCAAUGAGUAUCCUCUCUAUAGACCCAGUUAUAUACAGUACUUAAUAGACAUUUUUCCUUUAAAAAAUUAACCCAACACCAUAUGUCGUGUUGUAAAGUGGUUCAUGACUUAAAAAAAUUUGUAUUAUUCAACUGUUUGUUUGUAAUCAAUUGUUACAAAAUGACUGAAGACCACAAAAAAAUGUCAGGACUAACAUUAAAAACAGGCAUUAUUUAUGGUUCCACCAUUCUCUUGUCUUAGAUAAACUAUAUAAUCCCAGUUUAGUCUAAAAGACAAUUUAACCAAAGGUAUUAGAAUUUGAAAUUGGGACUUGACCUAUUUACAUGUGGCUCAGAGCUAUAGUGAUAUAAGAUGAACCUGUAGCAUCUACACUGUAAUAUAAAAUGUUACUAUUUCAAAAUUGCUGCUGAAUAAUAAAAACAACAGAGCAGGUAUACAAAAUAAUAAAUAUGUAGUGUGUGCUUUGCAGGUAGUAAGCAUUUAACAUUAUACGGAUGUGGUCAUGUCAAAUAUUAAUUGGCUAAAAUAGCAUCUAAACAAGAACAUUGCAAACUAGGAGCUUACUAUUGUAAAUUAAGAAGAAUAUAUAAUUGGUUCGGAGAUCCAGUACUAUAUAAUCUACAAGUUUGCUAUGCAUG